ACACUUCAGUCUAGGCUUACUGCUCCUUCCAGCUGCCGAGAUGGAAAACAAGGUAUUCCUGUCGUUUGUCUUCUACAGCACCCUCCUCAUAAUCAAAAUGUACAUUCUGGCUAUAAUCACCGGGCAGAUCCGACUACGGAAAAAAGCUUUUGCCAACCCUGAAGAUGCCAUGAGACAUGGAGGUGUGGAGUUCUAUCGCGAAGACCCCGAUGUGGAGCGCUAUAGGAGAGCUCAUCGCAAUGACAUGGAGAACAUCUACCCGUUCCUUUUCCUUGGUGCCAUCUACUCCUUACUGGAUCCCAACCCAAGCAUCGCCAGGAUCCAUUUCUUAGUUUUCUUCAUUGGCCGCUUAGUACAUACAGCGGCCUAUGUGCUGGCCUUGAAAGCCCCGACACGUUCCCUUGCCUACAGCAUAGCUCAGCUGCCAUGCUUCUCUAUGGCUCUCCAAAUUCUUUUUUCAGUCGCCUCCUACUGGUAGACAAAAGCAUAGCGUGUUCAUACACUACAUGGCCGGAAUACAGUUCAGUAUUGACCAUCAACCUCCUCGAUGCCUUGUGUGCCUUGUUCAUUGGGAAUAUGUAUUUUUGAAACUAUACAUCAGUAUUUUGACUGCAUGUUAUUUCAUGUCGACAGUUUGCGAUGUAGCUUUUAUAUUGUUUGUAUACCAUUGAUGAAGGAGUUGUUUUUUUUUGUUCGAUUUGGGGUCUUAAAGGAGUUGUCUCAGAGUUUUUUUUUUCAGCAGCACCCCUGACCAUAGGCAUGUGUCUGGUACUGCAGCUCAAUACUGAUCAGCAAUACCAGACACAGCCCACGAGCAAGAGUGGUACCGUUUUUUUGUUUUUUACCUUAUUUUCUAGUCUCAGACAACCCCUUUAAGGGAGGGGGGGGGCAUUGUAUAGAAGAUGGAGGGAGUAGACACUUUUUCUUUGGCUGAAUGUCAGAUGUUUUAAAGCUGUCUCCUGAAAUACAAAGACUGAUGUUAUAGGCAUGUCCUUUCUCAGGGGGCAUGUCCUUUAUGCUAUAGCUGUAACUGCUACCGCUUCUAACAGAAGAUACGGCUGGUGAUAGUUGAAGAUUUAAACUGAGCAUGUGCGGCCACCUCAGUGAAGUGGACAAGAAAUAAGAAAAAAGAACAAACAGCAGGUGGCGCUAUACAGAUACAUUUUAUUGAAUAGCUCAGUGGCUACACAAAAUUUUUAAUUGCCUGCAAUAACGAAAAUGUUCAGAUUCAGGUGAUGAUUUGAAAAAGGUAGAAUAUUUUUCAUGGCACAACCCCCUUUAAGGGAGAGCAAACCGCACAUGCGCAGCCACCCUCCAAUUACCACUAUAGUAACUCUAGGGUCUCAUAGUGGUGAAGGAAGGGGUGCACGGCUUGCUUUCCAUUCACUGCUAUGCACGCUCGCUCGGCUAUAUUCAGAACUCCCAUAGCAGUGAAUGGAAAGGAGGCAGCGCAUUGAUGAUGUGCUCUAUGUUAAAGGAUUUCUGCAGUUUGUUUUAACUGAUGAUCUAUC